GCUCGUAGCUGGAUACCUCAGAGUUGACUGAGCUGGUUGAUAACCAGUUUCGUACCACUGGUUAUCUGGACGGCCAAUGGUAGGCUCAGUGAAGCCAGCUAACGAAAAGAUAUCCCAGGUAUGUUGAACUUGCUUCGUAAAAAGGUUUCACUCGUGAGAUCUGGAGGAAGAACACUGGAGGAAGCAGAAAUUAGCCAGAUGAAAAGCACCCUGUGCACUAACAGCCACACAGAGAGACGGAAGUGAAAGUAAAACUGAAUUAUUUCCUAGUUCAGACCGUUCACACAACGAGAACUUUCAGAGAAGGUACAGUCUCUGUCGGGGACAUGAGCUCUUCACAGUUUAACAAAAUCUUACUGGAUAUUUCCAAUCAGCUGUCCCCGGACGAGCUGGACAAGCUGAAGUUUCUGUGUCGAGACGUGAUCGGAAAAAAAGACCUGGAAAAGAUCGACAGCGGACACAGACUGUUUCAGGUCCUGGGGGAGAGAUGCAAACUGUCAGCCGACAACACGAAGCUUCUGUCCAACCUCCUCGACGGGAUUAAACGACCCGAUCUGUCGGAGAAAUUAAACAGCUUUGAGAGUCUGUCUGAAUAUUCCGACGAUCAGCCGGACGAAGCAGAGAGAGCCAAACUGGAGAUCGCCACACAGUUGAUUGCAGAGAAUCUCGGGAGGAAUUGGCGUAAGCUGGGCCGCAAACUGGGUUUUAGUGAAGUGAAGCUGGAGUCCAUCUCCCUGAAGCAUCCCACAGACCUGGAGGAGACGGUGAUUGAGCUGCUGAAGGAGUGGAGAAAGAGUCGAGGAGCCCAGGCCCAGACAAAGGAGCUGAUUGAAGCCCUGAGGGGUUGUCAGCACAACCUCACUGCUGAUAAAUUGGAGGACAGACUUGCAAAUUCUGGAUCUUGAUGGAGAUAAGGCUUUGGAACAGAAAUGAAAGCUUUACAGUAAAGAAAUCAACUGCAAUAUCAGGGAUAUUAUUGAUAGAUUUAUUAAAUGUUGCAAAAAAAGAAAAAUCAGCUUUGUUGGGGAUUUACCCUCAACUUUCUGUGUAUCAUAAAAUAUGCACUAGAAAGAUAAGUGUUCAUAAAGAGCUGAACUGAUGUUUCUUUUCAAUCCAAGUUGUCCUUGACUUUUAGCUAGUAUUGACAUGUCAGCAUCCAACACCACUAACAAACACUUCUGCCUGUUACAGAGAGAUAUUUGUUGUACAGGUUGGCCAAGAAAUCAGUUUUUGUACUAUACUGUAUUAAAAUACAAAUCUUAUCUA